UGGAGGGCGGGGUUGUUUUCUCCCCUGGAGCUAUGGUCCCAGGGAGGGGUGCUCCCUCAGGACAGAGAGCACUCGGCGCAGGGACCCUGGCAGCUGGCCCUUCAGCUCCUUCCCUUGAUCCACGAACCCCAGUCUCUCCUCACAGGACUGCUUCCUCCUCCACUGCUCUGCUGGAGCCCACGGCGUUCGUCAGAACAGACACCAUGGCCACCAACGAUGAUGACUAUGAUGUCCAUGGGCUCUUCAACAUUUCGGACAGCAGUAGCCAGGACCAUGAACACUUCCUGCAGUUCAGAAAGAUCUUUCUGCCCUGCAUGUACAUGGCGGUGUUCAUCUGUGGCCUGGUGGGGAACUCUCUUGUGCUGGUCAUACACAUUUUCUACCAGAAGCUGAGAAGCCCGACAGACAUGUUCCUGAUGAACCUGCCCCUGGCUGAUCUGGUGUUUGUCUGCACUCUGCCCUUCUGGACCUACGCAAGCAUCCAUGAAUGGAUCUUUGGCAGUGUCAUGUGCAAAAUCCUGCUGGGCACUUAUACUUUGAACUUCUACACGUCCAUGCUCAUCCUCAUCUGCAUCACCGUGGACCGCUUCAUUGCGGUGGUUCAGGCCACCAAGGCCUACAAUGAGAAGACAAAGUGGAUGAGCUGGGCCAAGGCCAUCUGUUUGUCUGCCUGGGUGGUCUCCCUGCUGGUUUCCUUGCCACAGAUCAUCUAUGGUGAUGUCCAUGAUUUUGACAAGCGCAUCUGUGGUUACCACCAUGACGAGAUUUCCACUCUGGUUCUUGCCAUCCAGAUGACCCUGGGGUUCUUCCUGCCACUAAACGUCAUGAUUGUCUGCUACUCAGUCAUAAUUAAGAACCUGCUUCAUGCCCAAGGCUUCCACAAACACAAGUCUCUCAAGAUCAUCUUCCUGGUGGUGGCUUUGUUCCUGGUGACCCAGACGCCCUUCAACCUUGUGAAGCUCAUCCGCAGCACGAACUGGGAGUACCACAGCAUGACCAGCUUCCACUAUGCCAUCGUCGUGACCGAGGCCAUUGCCUACCUACGGGUCUGCCUUAACCCUGUGCUCUAUGCCUUUGUUGGCCUGAAGUUUCAGAAGAACUUCUGGAAGCUUAUGAGAGACACUGGCUGCCUCCCUUACCUGGGAGUCUCAAGGCAGCAGAAUUUUUCAGAGAACACUUCCAAGACGGGCUCUACUUCCCACCACGCGGAGGCCACCAGCAUGUUCCAGCUGUAGGCCUUGCGGGGCUUGGAGAAGCGGCCUGGGAGCUGACAGGAGCAGGGCUGUGUCCUCUGGACGCCAUGAGGAAGGCUGUGUUCACGGGCUGUAUGUUUUCAUGGAGAUGUAACCAAAUGCUCCGGCUGGUGUGGAAUGCUGCUUCUCGGGUGCGAACACAUCUGUUCUCUCCUCGAACACCCAGGCCUGGAGCUCAAAGCGGGGUCUAAAAAACUGGAAGGAAUUUCCUUCCUGCAUCCCAAGAAUUCUGACACCAAGGGGAACGACGUGUGACUCUAAAAACCUCUGGUUCUUCUCGGAGACUAAAACUGAAGGUUGAAGCAGGGAGCAUGGCCAACGGGGCUGCAGACAGCAGGUGACACUCUGGCCAGAAGACUCUUCUGGCUCCUGGGAGGCAGGGGAGAUGAAGGCAGCUGUGGAAACAAGCGCCGGCCCAUAGGGCUCAGGCCUCAGUCACCUCGAAAGUGAGAUCAGGUUCUGCCUCGGGAGGGGUCUGGCUUUCACACAGGGAGGUGCUUUAAUUUUUCCGUGAUCAGUCCUAGAGGGACUAGCACCAGGGACCACAAACGGGCCCGAACGAACUGUCUGGCUGAGAUCUGCAGUGGCCCCCAGGACGCUAGAAAACGGCGUGCAAUGGAGUCUAAGGCUGUCGUGAAUCUGAAGAGUGUUUCUGAAACGGAUUCCCUGGUGGGUCUGCUCACUUUACAGCUGAAUUAUCCUGUGCCUCUCACGCACACGCACACACAAACCCUCUAUGUAUGUACAUAUGAUUCUUACACACACGCAUCAAAGAGCAUAUGAUUUUCAUGACUAGGAAAUAAAGCCUUUUAAGUCUCCAAACUACUUUUACCCCCGGGGCGCCUUCUGCUUUAAUGUGGUAUGCCUGGAAUACAUCAAAAGAGAUUACUUGUGAGCUCAGAGCACAAGAAGUAAGUCAGAAGCUGCAGACUUUCAUGGCACCGCUCUACCAAGGAAGUAGAACACUUGAGUGAGAACCCCCGGCCCCUUCCCUGUGGUCUCCAGCCUCCUGCCAGAAUGCGAGGUGCGCCUGCUUCAUCUCCGCGGUGUGGGACAGGAUGAGGCAGAGCUUUAAAUGUCAGACACUGCGGCGCGUUUAUCAGAUCCUAUCUGUUUCGUAGGCUUAGAGCUGUCUUUUUGGUUCAUGUGUCACUCACCAAAAUCAGAACCAGCCGACAACAGGGGACAUGGGUCAGAAGUGGCUGAACGGGGUGGUUUUGAGGUUUAAGACAGACUAGAGUUCAGUCCCAGCAUUGUCCCUUACGAGCGGGUAAUCUUGUCACCUCUUUCGUUUUGGUGAAACAGGGACAACAGCACGACUCUGACCUCUCGGCGCUGGCAUGCGGACCCGAGGUGGUGCGUGCAAAACACUCGCGCAGUUUGGUCUCAUGGGCAGGAGGGCUCCACCAGGCAGAAGCCAUUGUUCUUUCUCACAAGAACUGGCAACACUAUUCAGCCACAGGAAAAGAUGAAACGCUGCGAUCUGAGUGGAUCUUGAGUAUUAUGCUUACUAAGCAAAGUGAGUGAGAUGCAAAAAGACAUGGACUGCAACCUCACUCAUUAUGUGGGAUACAAAGCAGAAAGCAACAAACGAACAAACGAAAGAAACACACAGGCCCUGGCCGGGUGGCUCAAUUGGUUGGAGCGUCCUCAUGCACACCAAAAGGUCGCAGGUUCGAUCCUCAGUCCGGGCGCACACCUAGGCUGUGGUUAGAUUCUCCAGUGGGGGCUCAUGCAGGAGGCAACUGAUCAAUGUUUCUCUCUCUCUCUCUCCCUCCCCCUUCCUCUUUCUCUGAGAUCAAUUAGUAAAUA